AGAAACAAUAACAGCACUCUAAAAGCAGCAGGAAGAUGCGGCGCCUAUCAGAGGGCAUCGUGAUGAACUCAGAUCUCUCAAAAUACCAAUGACUCGCCACUGGAAAUCAGGACUGCCUUGGGUUAACAUCUCGCAAACAACAACAUGCCGCCGGACAUCAAGAUGCCAGAUGCGGACCUCGCGCAAGCUCACGCGGAGAGCUUGAUCAAUUCAAUAGAAGCCGCCCAAAAACGCUACGCCUGUGAGACUUGCGGCAAAACAUAUACUUCACCCCAUUCCCGAGACCGGCAUAUGCACUUGCAUACUGGAGAGAAGCGGUUCACGUGUCCUUUUGAGGGAUGUGGCAAGCGGUUUGGGCGGAGAGAUUAUUUGAAUCGCCAUUGUCUUGUUCAUGAGAAGUAUCUUGGUCGCGAUCCGAAGGACUUGCAUCCAGGUGGAUCAUUUGGUUCUCGAGAGGAGGAGAUUGGGAACUUCCAACAAGAGGCUGAAGGGACUGCUUCCUCGCCAUACGCGGAUGAAGCACGAUAUGAAUCUCCUGGCCAGGAUAACAUGAAUGCUCAUGUCAAUCUUCACGAAGUCGGCAAUUCGGCACAUGGCACGUCGAACGGGAGGGGCAGUAGUAUGGAACUCAAGUCGAAGACGCUGGCACGCGGAACAUCUCCAUCAACAGCUCUUCAAAAUUCCCCUGAUGGGAUUCUUCCUUCGGGCCAGGACAGCACAGCAAAGCGGCAGAAUCUGGACGAAUUGGUCUCCAGCUUGAGAACCACGAAACAUGGCACGUUCAGAGUGAUGGAAUUAGAUUGUGCAUUAUGCAGCAAAUCCUUUGGAAGGCCCUCGGACCUGACGCGACAUCGUUCAAUCAGUCACGGUCGGUUGGCAAUUGCAGACAAAAAAGCAGUCAUGGACAAAGAUGCCCAUGAGCUCUUGAACAAACAUAAAUUGCCCCCAGAAAUUCUCAAGAAGCUUGGCCUGGUCUGUGAAUGGGAAAACUGUGGCCAGAUUUUCAGCCAUCAAGCAGAUCUUAUACGGCAUCGAAAAGCGCACGGCGAUUCGCGCCCCGUCAAGUGCCCGUUCUGCGGCAAAGGCCUUUCGAGAAUGGACAAGCUCAAGCCUCAUGUGGAACUCCAUCACGGGAGGAAGAGACCACGCUCACCAGAUGCGGAGUUUACUGCAUCAGCCUCGAAUCCUGCCGUUACGAAACCGAAGCGCCGUCGUUCACGGUUCGUCAACACGUUCAUAGAAAGACCAGACAUGCCUCAGGAGUGUCACUUGUGUGGCAAAUUCUUCGAUAGACCGCACGAUCUCAAACGCCACUUGAUCACUAAGAAACAUAAUGGACCCGGAUAUCUACCUGAUCCGUCUCGUGCAAAACGUCAAUCGAGCCGUCCAGGAAUAUAUCAAUGUCCACUCUGUCCAAAGAGCUUCGACUGCACGUCGCAUGUACGGAGGCACAUGGAAAGUAGCGUGCAUAAUCUAAUUGUUAUUGGUCCGUCGACUGCUUCGGAUGAGCGCUCAAAUUCUGCAACGGGCUCUGGCAAAUCUGGUUAUGCACAGGAGUGCGUUGGUUGCAGACAGAUCUUCGUCGACGAGUCAUCUUUCUUUGAUCACGCACCUUGCUACAGGUUGGAUGUGGAACAACAGGACGAGCCAUCUGACGCAGCUGAAGCGGAGCAGGAGGGCAGCGAGCCUGGGGAAGAGUCUGAGGAUGACGCUGACCAGCUCGACGAUUUUGAGGCACAGCUUGUGGCAGCAGCGAAUGGUCAACUGUUCGAGGACGCAGUCGAAAAGGGAACUGAAACUGCUCCUCGAAACCCACAACUUACGUCGACUGCGCACAAAACUUCAGCUGCCCACCAGACUACCGAAGACCGAGGAGACCGGGAGCGGUCUCAGGAUCACCAGUAUGGUCGAUUGCAUGACAAGGAUUUCGGCGCGACCCGGCAUCGGUUUGGAGAGCCUUCAGUACAAACAUCUACUGCGUCAGAUCGGCGAACGGCCAGCCUUCCGCCCCCAGCUGAGCAUCGACCUGUGCCUGCGUCGGCUUUGACGCCCCUAAGAGGUGCCACGCGAAUGCUUAUCGGCGCACGUGAGAGCGGUAAGAGUCAACCGAGUCCACCUCCCCCAUACCAUGCUCCUUCGAAUUCCCAAAACGUGCGGCGUUGCUAUGGCUGUGGGGCUGGAUUUCCCAGCAAAGAAGCAUUCUGGAACCAUUCUCCAUGUUUCACGACAGCUGUCCAGCCAGUUGUAAGUUCUCAAGACGAGCGUGGAGCCGCGAGCAAUGAGACGUUGCAGCGUUCUGCAACACCAGACAAGCACGACUCAGGUCAGGAAAUGAUGGCCACUGAGCCCAAGCCACCUGCGAGGCCAUCGGACGAUUCUGCUUCCUCGGAGCCAUUUGUCGAAGCAAUGCCAUCAUUGAAAGUGCAACAGCUGUUGAUAUCCAUCGCGCUGAACAAUCCCGGAGCAAGACCUAUACCGCCCUCGGAGCUUGCCAGCUUGACUGAUAAAUCUCCGAAUCUGCUUGAGUUGGUAACGAGGAUGGAAAGGGAGAAUGCCGAGAUGCAGCGUAUUUUGAAACAGAAAUGGGUUGUCCCAUCGUCUCUGCAUCAAGAAUCAACGAGCAGUGGCACAACACUGGUUGAUGGAGACGGGCUGGUAGAAAGGUCCAUGGUCAGCUCAAAGACCCCACUGGCCAACCCCACAAGAGCGACAGAACAUCUUGACCGAAUGAAAGCCACCGACCCAGACGGUGAGCGACUUCGGCUACAGCAAGUCUUCCGAUUGCGGGGAUACCGUCACAUCCAGCCCAGUCCUCAAGGUCAUGAUGGUCGCGGGGACUUCCAACCUGGUGCGGAUGGCUCUGGUGGAAUGCUGGGCCGGAACCCUGCUGUUGUAAAAGAAGCACCUGAGAGACGGUUGCAGAAUACCAGCUCCAGUCACGCCUCGAUGCAGCGGUCGACCAAUGGCCCUGCGGCUGGUGAGCCACUGCGUGGGUUGCAUGUGCGGCAGCGAAACGUUAGCCAGAAAGCUAGCUUGGGGACUGCCUCCGGACUGAGGCUGGUGGACGCAACCAAUUCGGACCAUGAACAGAUGUUUGAGGACGACACACCUUGAGCUGCGAAUGUUGGUUGCCCGUCCUGGUCCGCGAAAGCUGUUGGCUUAACAGCAUUUUUCAAUAGAACUGGACAACGGACGAAACCAUCAACACAGCUUCGCGAGCCACUUUGGAGAACGAUAAGCUGUCCCUGCGUUUGCUGUCAUCGCUAUCGAGAAGAAUCAUGCCGCAAUUCCUUCCAUUUGUGCAUCUCGAGUGCGCACACAGGAUACCGAAUAAUGCCACACCACAGCAGAGACCAUUCGCCUUGGCGCCUGCCAAGAAAUCGUGACUUUGCACUAGAAUGACUGCACAACGUGUGCAAUACCGGCAUCACAAGCAAAAUUACCAGCGUUGAGCAAGUUUGCGAUGUUCAAACGCCGUCGUUGCGCAUCCAAAGGUCGUGCGAAGAGCACAAUGUACGACAUUUCCACGCGGAAGUCGCGUUGUGCUUCCGGAAAGUCUUUCACUGGCUACCGGAUUCGGACCUCCUGCAUGAGCACCAGAAUAGACUAGCACUAUGCAGACAUGCGAUCGAACGUCCAUUCUGGGACCGUGAGUACCCA